AUGGAUACACGCAUUAGUGAAGCUUUUUUAGACGAAGCGUAUGAGAUUUUGGACGAAGUGAAGGGAUAUUUCGUAGAUAACCCGACCGGGAGAUUGGGUACAAGGGAACAUAUGAGGUAUAUCACAAAACAGAUAACUAAAAUAAUAAAUCUAGCCGAGUCUAAGCUAAGAGAUAACGAUAUUUCGAAUAUACUCGAGCGAAAAUUAGAUGCACUCGCGACUAAGCAGGAUUUACAAGAAGCGACUCUUCUUCAAAAUGAGAAAACGAUGGAGGCAAUCUCAAAUGUAAAAGAGGAAAUAAGUACACUUAGUAAAGCCUUACCAACUGAAUCCCCAAUUGAGAAAGAGAACCCUGUUCCAAGCUACAGUGACGUAUUGAAACAAGGCAACAAACAACCUCAAAAAGAUCUACAGUCUAAACCGGAAUAUACGGUGCUCGUAUAUAGUAAAGAUAAAGAGAGCAGUUCUGAGCAAACAAAAGCUCUACUAACAAGUAAAGUGAGACCGAAAACUCUAGGAAUAGGGGUAAAACGAGUUCGGAAGAUAAAAAACGGAGGAGUAGCAAUCGAUCUUUGUGGCUGGAACGACAUGGCAAUUCUCUCAGAAGCUUUAACAAAGGUAAAGGAGUUUGAAACAAUUGAAAAGAAGAGGAAUCUCCCGUUGGUAAAGAUCGUGUCGGUUCCCAAGUCAAUUACUAAAGAGUCAUUGUUGGAAAACAUCUUUGAGCAAAACUUCCCAAUUGCGUGUGAGCUCACCAGAGAAGAAUUCGACGAACGGAUUAAAAUAAAAUUUCCGAUAAAUCAGAGAAAUACGGAAUACGUGUCCUGGGUUCUUGAAGUCGCAGUAGACUUGAGAGAAAUAAUGCAAAGGGAAGGAAAAAUAAAUUUAGGAUGGACAAGAUGCCCCGUGUUUGAUUACAUAUUAGUCAAGAGGUGUUAUAAAUGUCUUGCCUUCGGACACUUUGCGAGGGAUUGCCGAUCGGAAAAGAACACCUGCAGUCACUGCGGCGAAGCUCACCUGUUUAAGAAUUGCAAGAAGAAAGAAGAAAUAGCAACGUGUGCUAACUGCGUGCGACAGAAGCGAGGAAAUCAUGACCAUAACACACUGGACAAAAGAUGUCCCAUCUAUCUACAGGAAGUAGAGAAGAUUAUCAAGAGGACUAACGAUUAA